AUGCCCAGCAGAUUCAUCACUUUCCUUGUCCAGAUUUUACCGUCUUUGGCUAAGCUUUAGUCCUAAUUGGUUUUGUUUGUUUUUGAGGCUAUUAUGAUUGGUACUGGCUUCCUGACUUUUUUCACAGUGAGCUGCUGGUACAUAGAAAAGCCACUGACUUGCUGUUGAUUUGUAUCUUCCUCCUCUGCAAGCUUCAGGUCUUGAAUGCGUCGGGUCCUAUCACUUGAAAACAGGCAAUUCGCUUUCUUUUUUAAUUUGCAUCUUUUUAUUCCUUCCUCUUGACUCAGCAGUAGUUGCUUUCAAGGAUGAACUUGAACUGGUUUUCGUGUGUGUGUGUGUGUGUGUGUGUGUGUGUGUGUGUACAAAAUCCUUGGGUAUUUUUAGUGUCUCUGCCUCCUGAGAUGUUCCAGGAACACAAGGAGUGACAUUUUUACUUCCACACAAAAGGAGACUGGGUAUACCUGUGUAUUGGGUGGGAGAGGAAAGGCUGGUAAGUUCUUGCGUGAGCACUGGUGAACGGUGUCAGGGCGGGAGAUCACAGCAGAAACUGGGCUCUUCUGGUUGAAAUACUUUCUUGCUUUCUCAGAUGCAGCCAGCUUUUUCCUGCCUUCUUCACCUCCCGGGAUGACUGGUGCUUGAGAACACAGUCCUGAAUGGUUUACCUAAGUGCACUCCCUUUUCUGAGAACAGGAAGUCAAAAGGUGAGUGCCAGAGCCACCUGCUGCUUCUCCUUUGCAUAGGUUCAAGAAGAGCCUGGACGUGCUCUUUGGCCGCCUUGUGAACAUCCGCAAAUACACUCUGGAAGGUAAGAAGGCAAGGACUGUGGUGUUAAUUUUUAUCUACAUAGAACCAAACCAGCCUUCAGUCCACAGACUCGUAAGGUUGGAGAAAUCUCCCCCAAGCAGCCAAGAAGUUAGGAAAGCGAGCCCACCCACCUCCUCUGCUGGGCAAGGCUGGAUGGUCCCCACCUGUGAAGAUGAUUUCAUGGAGGAAGCUCUGUUGGCGUUAUCAUGUGUGGACCCUGGGCUGCUACAUGCUGCUGGCUGUCAUUGCCCUGAAACUGUCCCUCAGACUGAGAUGUGACUUCGAUGUCAUGGAUCUAGACUCGAAGGAAUUUCGAAGCCGGUACUGCAGGGAUUUCCUGUACAAGACCCUGAGGCUGCCAGCAAACAGGUCCGUCAACUGUUCCGGGGUCACUCGAGGGGAACAUAAAGCAGUGAUCCAGGCGCUGCUGAAUAACCUGGAGAGUAAGAAGAAUCGACAACCCCUCACAGAGGCCGACUACCUUAGUAUGACAGCAGACUGUGAACAAUUCAAGACUAAAAGGAAAUUCAUACAGUUCCCGCUGAGCAAAGAAGAGGUCGACUUCCCCAUUGCGUAUUCCAUGGUGGUUCAUGAGAAGAUUGAGAACUUUGAAAGGCUGCUUCGAGCUGUGUACACCCCUCAGAACGUAUACUGUGUCCAUGUGGAUCAGAAGUCCCCAGAUACUUUCAAGCAGGCAGUCAGGGCCAUUGCAUCAUGCUUCCCAAAUGUCUUCAUAGCUAGUAAGCUGGUGUCAGUGGUCUACGCUUCCUGGUCCAGGGUGCAGGCUGACCUGAACUGCAUGGAAGACUUGCUCCAGAGCUCCGUGCCAUGGAAAUACCUCCUGAACACCUGUGGGACAGACUUUCCCAUCAAGACCAAUGCUGAGAUGGUCCAGGCCCUCAAGCUAUUGAAUGGGCAGAACAGCAUGGAGUCAGAGGUACCUCCUGCACACAAAACGUCCCGCUGGAGAUAUCAUUAUGAGGUGAGAGACACAUUGCACAUAACCAGCAAGAAGAAGACCCCUCCACCUAAUAACAUAACCAUGUUCACGGGGAAUGCCUACAUGGUGGCCUCUCGAAACUUCAUUGAACAUGUAUUAAACAACUCCAAAGCCCAACAACUAAUCGAAUGGGUAAAAGACACCUAUAGUCCUGAUGAGCACCUUUGGGCCACCCUCCAGCGUGCCUCAUGGAUGCCUGGAUCGGCUCCCUUGCACCCCAAAUUUGACCUCUCAGACAUGAGAUCUAUUGCAAGGCUAACCAAGUGGCAGGGCCAUGAGGGAGACAUUGAGCGUGGGGCGCCUUACACCCCUUGCUCAGGAAUCCACCAGCGGGCUGUCUGUAUCUAUGGGUCUGGGGACCUGCACUGGAUCCUUCAGAACCAUCACCUCUUGGCCAACAAGUUUGACCCAAAGGUGGAUGAUAAUGUUCUUCAGUGUUUAGAAGAAUAUUUACGUCACAAAGCCAUCUACGGGACUGAACUGUGAGACACACUGCAAGACAAUUGCUACUUGCAUGGCAGGAAAAUGCCAGGACUUACUGGGGCCAUGUGGGGUGGGCCUGGGGCUCUGGACUCCAUGUGUCCCUAAGAUGAGGGGGCUGCUACUGGAGCAUGGGUAAGUAGAUCUCUGCUCCCCGUGAGCUACUGCUGGUGAAUGUGGCUAUUCCCCAGUUCUCUCCCCAAGAGCCCCUCUUUGGCUUCCUCAUAGAGCCAGAGCAAGAACUGUUACUUAGGAGAAUAAGGUAAAAACACGUGACCAGGGACUCUAGAGUUUGGCUGAAGGUUUUCUUACGGGUUCUCUACAGAGACUCUGUUUUAAAUAUUCCUGGGGUUGAUCACAGGAGGGGAACUUGAGUGGAAAGAACCCUCCCCUUUUGUACUGUUAAUUUAAAAUAAAUAGCUUCCAAACCAAA